AUGGCAUCAAAGGACCUGAAGGCGCUCACCCGUGAAGAGGUGGCAAAGCACGAUAAGCCUGAUGACUUGUGGAUUAUAGUUGAUAGCAAGGUGUACAAUAUCACCCGGUUCAAGGAUUUGCAUCCAGGGGGUGCUUCAGUAUUCGCAGAGGAAGAUCUAGCUGGUCAGGAUGCAACCGAGGCGUUUUACGGCCUCCACCGUCAUGAAGUUCUUUUGCGGCCACAAUAUGCUCGUUUACAAAUAGGUUUCAUCGAAGGAGAGGGGAGCGUUAUAUAUUCUCGGGAGACUGGGAAGCUCAGUGAUGUGCCAUAUGCGGAGCCUACCUGGCUUAGUGUUGGGUACUACAGUCCGUACUACAAGGAUAGUCAUCGACGCCUACAAGCAGCCAUGCGGAACUUUGUAGAUGAGGUUAUCACCCCGGAUGCACUGCUACAUGAGGAAGACGGCAAACGGCCAAGUGCUCAUGUCAUCAAAGCUAUGGCAGAUCUAAACAUACAUGCCAUGCGCAUCGGCCCGGGGAAACACUUGAAAGGCCUCACCCUUAUAGGAGGUGUUGUGUCUCCUGAGGAGUUUGAUUACUUCCAUGAGCUUAUCUGCAUACAGGAGAUAUCUCGAUGCGGUCAGCGCGGAUAUGGUGAUGGUUUACAAAGCGGAGCUGUCAUAGGGUUACCACCUAUCAUGAACUUUGGAUCGCCAGAACUGAAAUCGAAGGUCAUCCCUGAAGUGCUUUCUGGCAAGAAGUUCAUUUGCCUAGCAAUAUCUGAGGCGUUUUCGGGAAGCGAUGUUGCUGGUCUGCAGACUCGUGCAACUAAGAGUUCAGAUGGGAAGUACUGGAUCAUUAAUGGCACGAAGAAGUGGAUCACCAACGGGACUUUUGCAGACUACUUUACCGUGGGGUGCAAAACGGAUACAGGAUUUACCGUCAUCUUUGUGGAACGCUCGGAAGGUGUUGAAACAAAACCCAUCAAAACGAGCUAUUCGUCAUCAGCUGGUACCGCAUAUGUCACGUUUGAUAACGUCAAGGUCCCUGUAGAAAACACCCUCGGACCCGAGGGUGGAGGAAUCUUCGUCAUUCUUUCUAAUUUCAAUCACGAGCGUUGGGUGAUGUGCGCUUCUUCCGCCAGAGGUCAGCGGUUGAUCGUUGAAGAAUGCCUUAAAUGGAUCAAUCAGCGCAAGGCAUUUGGCAAACCCUUGUCUUCACUGGCCGUAAUCAGAUCGAAGAUUGCGGCCAUGAUCUCACGUACGGAAAGUGUUCAGAACUGGCUUGAGAAUUUAACAAUGCAAAUGUGCAAUAUGACCUACAAGGAACAGGCACAGAAACUUGCGGGACCGAUCGCUCUGCUCAAAAUGUAUACAACGCGGUGUGCCCAGGAAACAGCUACCGAUGCCGUUCAGAUAUUCGGCGGACGCGGUAUCACGAAGACCGGUAUGGGGCAGUACAUCGAGCAUUACCAUCGCACAAUUCCCUUCGAUGCGGUUCUCGGCGGAGCGGAAGAUGUACUCGGUGACCUCGGAGUGAGACAGGCAAUACGACAGAUGCCCAAGAAUGCUCGCUUGUAA